GUUGAGAACAUCUCCGCCAAAAGAAAGAAAAGUUUCAGCUCAUGUCGAGCCAAAAGUGACGCUUGAGAAGAAAGCCGGGAAAGGGCAAUUUCAGUCAGCAUGUCGGAUAAAUAUUGCCUAAACAGGAAAGCGACUUCCGUUCAUGGAGGGGAUAAGCUUGAGUCAUUCGGAGCAACUAUUCAGGCCAGCUUAUCUGCAACUUGCCUGCUGAUCCCCCAGUACAGCAGAUGUUAAAACAGUUUAACGCAGAUCGCAAAAAACACUCAAAGAAGAUGGAUAUCCGAAUGGAGGAGCGUGAACAAAUGUGAAUAUCACUCAACCCCCACUUAGGCAAGCCCGUCGGCCUUUAGAUCGUGGAGAUAUAAGCGCGAAGCAUGGCCACUAAAUCAAGACAAUUAGUUGCUAAACAAGUUGACUAUUUCACAACCAUUCUAUAACUCUUUAUACAAUGGCAAACUCUAGCAUUGAGACCAAAACUCUCGAGGCCAAGUGUCUCUGUGGCUCCGUCCACUUCACUGUUGACAUUCCUACGGCAUCUCUUCCUCUUUCUCUUUACCUCUGCCAUUGUAGCCUCUGUCGUUUCACCACUGGGGCGCCAUGCAUCUUUCACGCCUCGUUGGGAGAAGGAAUCAAGCCCAACUUCAUAGCGCCUUCAAGUGAGAAGAGCUUAACCACAUAUUCCAUCAAGGGAGCCGAUUGCACGUAUGACUUUUGCUCGACUUGCGGAUGUCACAUUGCAGGUGUUGCACUUGAUAGAGGAGAGUGGACAGUCGCCACAUCAAUCUUCACAGACCAUGGGCCAGACAACUUUAAGCUCACGAGCCACACAUUCAGUGAAUCGGCCAAGGAUAAAGGCCUUGCUCAAAUCCUGACACACUUGGGCGACAAAAAGCUGCCAGAUUGGAAUCCUCCAAAAGAUGAUCCUCGAGCCAAGAUUGUUGAAGCAAAGCCAGAAGUAGGCGAGGACGGACAAGAUCGGCUCCGAGCCGAGUGUCACUGCGGAGGUGUUUCUUUCACAAUCAAGCGUCCUACACAAGAGGUCCUUGAUCAUGAGAUUGUCCGCGGCUGCGUGUCUCCCGUCGAUCCAACCAAAUGGAUAGCCUCGUUUGACAUGUGCAGCGACUGCCGUCUCUCAAACGGAACUCACCUUGUUGGCUGGGCGUUUCUGCCUCUCAGCCACUGCGAGCCCAAGAUCAAUAGCGAUCUCAAGUUUGGAACCGCAAAGGUCUAUGAGUCAUCACCAGGUGUCCAGCGAUGCUUCUGCGGCACUUGCGGUGCAACAAUCUUUUACGGAAACGACCCGCGUAAGCUCGAAGGCCCAGGAAAGUGGCAGAUUAUGGACCUUGCAACGGGCAUCCUUCGAGCGCCAGAGGGAGCCAUGGCUGAAAACUGGCUAACCUGGAGGUCGAAUUUGGCUUGGACGGAUAGUGGCAAAAGGUUUGAUACGGCGUUUACCGAUGGAUUGGAGAAAGGGAUGAAGAAUUAUGUUGUUAAGGCGAGUGGGAAAGACGUGAGCCUCUCAAUUGAUUUCUAAUCUUGUUGAGGCUGGCCUCAAUGGUGUUAUGAUAGGAUUGGUGCAUUCAACCUUUUGAAACUGCUGCUAUUGGUAGGAGAUACGACGUAACGAAUUCAACAUUAGUAUUUGAAUAGGUAUUGACAUUGCUGGACAUGUCUCAAAGCUAGAAUAUAAAUUUCAAAAAAGUAAUUUCCAG